AUGGACAACUGGGAAUCUAUUAAUUCUGAUUAGCCUUAAACAGACUCAUAACCAUAGAGAAACCUCAUCCAGUUCUAUACUUUCUGCUUUGAAUCUGUCUUGACAUCUCACUCCUUUGCGCAGCCAUGUAUGGAAGUGCUCGUUCGGUUGGCAAAGUUGAACCAAGCAGUCAGAGUCCUGGGCGUUCACCGAGGCUUCCUCGUUCCCCGCGUUUGGGUCACCGUCGAACCAAUAGCACAGGAGGGAGUUCUGGAAGCAGUACUGGAGGUGGCAGUGGUAAAACUCUUUCAAUGGAAAAUAUCCAGUCCUUAAAUGCUGCCUAUGCUACAUCAGGGCCUAUGUACUUAAGUGACCAUGAAAAUAUGGGCCCAGAUACACCUAAAAGCACCAUGACACUUGGCCGUUCUGGGGGUCGGCUGCCUUAUGGUGUUAGGAUGACUGCUAUGGGCAGCAGCCCCAAUAUUGCUAGCAGUGGGGUUGCCAGUGACACCAUAGCGUUUGGAGAACAUCACCUCCCUCCUGUGAGUAUGGCAUCCACUGUACCUCAUUCAUUGCGCCAGGCAAGGGAUAACACAAUUAUGGAUCUACAGACACAAUUGAAGGAAGUGUUGAGGGAAAAUGAUCUGUUACGUAAGGACGUAGAAGUGAAAGAGAGUAAAUUGAGCUCUUCAAUGAAUAGCAUCAAGACCUUUUGGAGUCCAGAGUUGAAGAAGGAACGAGCCCUGAGAAAAGAUGAAGCUUCCAAAAUCACUGUUUGGAAGGAACAAUAUAGAGUUGUGCAAGAGGAAAACCAGCACAUGCAGAUGACAAUCCAGGCUCUCCAGGAUGAAUUGCGGAUCCAGAGGGACCUAAACCAGCUAUUUCAGCAAGACAGUAGUAGCAGAGCUAGUGAACCCUUUGCAGCAGAGCUGACUGAGGAGAACUUUCAGAGGCUACAUGCUGAACAUGAGAGGCAAGCCAAGGAACUCUUCCUUCUUCGUAAGACCCUUGAAGAAAUGGAGCUGCGCAUUGAGACUCAGAAACAAACACUGAAUGCACGGGAUGAGUCCAUAAAAAAGCUCUUGGAGAUGUUGCAGAGUAAAGGACUGUCUGCCAAGGCUACUGAGGAAGACCAUGAGAGAACAAGACGGCUGGCUGAGGCAGAGAUGCAUGUACACCACCUGGAAAGUCUCCUGGAACAAAAGGAAAAAGAGAGCAAUAUGUUGAGAGAGGAGAUGCAUCGGAGAUUUGAGAAUGCUCCUGAUUCUGCUAAAACAAAAGCUCUGCAAACUGUUAUUGAAAUGAAGGACUCAAAAAUUUCCUCCAUGGAGCGUGGGCUCCGAGAUUUGGAGGAGGAAAUCCAGAUGCUGAAAUCUAAUGGAGCUUUGAGCACAGAAGAACGGGAGGAAGAAAUGAAACAAAUGGAGGUGUAUCGCAGCCAUUCCAAAUUCAUGAAAAACAAGGUAGAGCAACUGAAGGAAGAGCUAAGUGCGAAAGAGACUCAAGGGGAAGAGCUGAAAAAGAGAGCGGCUGGUCUCCAGGCCGAGGUCUUUGCCAUUGGUCAGGUGAAACAGGAACUGUCCCGAAAGGACACAGAACUUUUAGCCCUACAGACAAAGCUAGAAACGCUUACAAAUCAGUUCUCAGACAGUAAGCAACACAUCGAAGUGCUAAAGGAAUCAUUGACUGCUAAGGAGCAGAGAGCUGCCAUCUUACAGACAGAGGUGGAUGCACUUCGAUUACGGCUGGAGGAAAAGGAAACCAUGCUGAAUAAGAAGACAAAGCAGAUACAAGAGAUAGUUGAGGAGAAAGGAACCCAAGCAGGAGAAAUACAUGAUCUCAAGGAUAUGCUGGAUGUGAAGGAGAGGAAGGUCAAUGUUCUACAGAAGAAGAUAGAAAAUCUUCAGGAGCAGCUUAGAGAUAAGGAGAAACAGAUGAGCAAUUUGAAGGAGCGAGUUAAAUCUCUACAAGCUGACACCACCAAUACUGACACUGCAUUGACUACUCUUGAAGAAGCCCUUUCAGAGAAGGAGAGGACAAUUGAACGCCUGAAGGAGCAGCGGGACAGAGAUGAGCGGGAGAAGCAAGAAGAGAUUGACAACUAUAAGAAAGACCUGAAGGAUUUAAAGGAAAAAGUCAGCCUCUUGCAAGGGGACCUCUCUGAGAAAGAGGCUUCACUCUUGGACCUCAAGGAACAUGCUUCUUCUCUGGCUUCCUCAGGACUGAAGAAGGAUUCAAGGCUUAAGACACUAGAGAUUGCUUUGGAGCAGAAGAAAGAAGAAUGUUUGAAAAUGGAAUCACAAUUGAAAAAGGCACACGAAGCAACUCUAGAAGCCAGAGGCAGUCCUGAGAUGAAUGAUCGACUUCAGCAGUUAGAGAGAGAGAUCACACAACAUAGGGAUGAAUCCAGUAAGGCCCAGGCAGAGGUAGAUCGUUUGCUGGAAAUCUUAAAGGAGAUGGAAAAUGAGAAGAAUGAUAAAGAUAAGAAGAUAGCCGAGCUGGAGAGUCUCACCUCCAGGCAAGUAAAAGACCAAAAUAAGAAGGUCGCCAAUCUGAAGCACAAGGAGCAGGUGGAGAAAAAGAAGAGCGCCCAGAUGCUGGAGGAGGCUCGGAGGAGGGAGGACAAUCUCAAUGACAGCUCUCAGCAGCUCCAGGACAAUCUCCGUAAGAAGGAUGACAGAAUUGAAGAACUAGAAGAGGCUCUAAGAGAAAGUGUACAGAUAACUGCUGAACGAGAAAUGGUGCUAGCUCAAGAGGAGUCAGCCAGGACCAGUGCUGAAAAACAGGUGGAGGAGUUGUUGUUGGCCAUGGAAAAGGUAAAACAGGAGCUAGAGUCCAUGAAAGCAAAGUUGUCUUCUACUCAACAGUCAUUAGCAGAGAAGGAAACUCAUUUGACCAAUCUUCGAGCAGAAAGGAGGAAACAUUUGGAAGAGGUCUUGGAGAUGAAGCAGGAAGCUCUCCUCGCUGCCAUCAGUGAAAAAGAUGCCAACAUAGCUCUUUUGGAGCUUUCCUCCUCCAAGAAGAAGACCCAAGAUGAGGUAGCUGCAUUGAAACGUGAGAAGGAUCGUCUGGUGCAGCAAUUGAAACAGCAGACUCAAAAUCGCAUGAAGUUGAUGGCUGACAACUAUGAGGAUGACCACUUCAAAUCUUCUCAUUCCAGCCAAACCAACCACAAACCCUCCCCAGACCAGAUAAUCCAGCCCCUCUUAGAACUUGACCAGAACCGCAGCAAAUUGAAGUUGUACAUUGGACAUCUGACGUCUCUCUGCCAUGACAGAGAUCCCCUGAUUCUUCAAGGACUAACUCCACCUGCCUCCUAUCACCUGGACGAUGAUCGGGCAGCUUGGGAAAGUGAGCUGCAGAAGAUGACCCGGGAGCAGCUUUGCAGUGAAUUAGACAAAGGUGAGCGAGACAAUGCAGAACUGCAGGAGUUUGCCAACGCCAUCCUCCAACAGAUAGCUGAUCACUGCCCUGACAUUCUGGAACAAGUGGUCAAUGCACUAGAGGAGUCCUCCUGACCCCACUGAGUGACCUUGUGAUCCAGCCCAACAGCCAACCCAUUCAGUCCAGGGACCUAAGAAAGGAGCAGUAAGAACAACAGAUAUCCAGGAACCUCUGGUUUGCCUUGUACCUGUUAAAGCCAACCAGCCACACACCACAAACUACUUCCUAUGCCUGUUCUUCCAUCCAGAGUCCCACAGUGUUUUUGCAUUCAUCUUUUUGCCGUGGAGGUGAUCUCCUCACUGUUUUGGGGGUUCACAGUGGGUGGCUUCCUCUCCACAGAGACCUGUCAUCUAGUUGUCCUCAAUGGGUAACUGUUGGAAGCUAACGAUACUGGUUCAGCACAGGGACAUGAAGCAGUUGCCUUUUCUCUUUUGUCCUUUUAACUUAAAAACAAAACCUACAGCUGCCACUUUGUAGUUCAGCAUGUUGGAAAAAGAGGACCUGCAACAGGCCAGAAAAUCUAGGGUGUUCUGUGUUUGAAUUGAUUUCUCUAAAAAGGGUUGUCUCACAGAAAGAGAGAAGUAGGGAAGGGAAGAGAGAGGCAAAGAAGCAGAUUAAGAGAACACCAGCUCUUCCAUUGAAACCGUAAUUCUAGGGAGGAAGGUGCUCAAUAUUCAUUCUUUCUUUUACUUGCCUUUUCUCAUUAUUGAUUUUUGUCUUCAGGCAAGGAAGUAGCCACUUCCCUCUUGCCUCAGUAAUGGUUUAUUGAACACUGAUUUAAAACACUAUCACUUUUGGUUCUUUGCCCCCAUCCUACCUAUCCUGUCCUUCCUUGGCCAUCUCCUCUGAAAAGCUAAUGAGAGGCUGCUACAGGAAAGUCCGUCACACAGGAGCUCUUUGCCUUUACUGGGCUUAAGGCUGUCAGACAAAACUUUUCUAGUAAAUUUUAAAAAAAAAAAGAGUUGGGAGCCUGAGGAGUUCUCACAGUCCAGUCAGGUUUGCCUCUGUAGAAGAUAAUAAACUGGAUCUGUAGGAGUCUGGCUUGUGCCUUCUGAAUCCACAAGCAUUUCUCCAGGUCACUCCUCUGGGCUCUCGUAUCUUGAAGCCAAUAGCACAGCUGGUACAGCUUCCCUUUCCAGGCUCCCUCAGCGCAUUUUGUUUCUCAUGAUUCAUCGUGAGCAUGGGAAGAUGAGCUCUGCAGACUUCCCUGGCCUCCUCAUGUGUGACUUAAUGCCUUCCUAUCUUUCAUAUGGGCUCUCUCCACUCCUCUAGAAUGGAAGUUUUUUAGUAAAUUCUUUUCAAGAGCCUGCUUUUCUAAUUGUAGCAAAAAUGAUGCAUUUAGGGGCUUGGGUCACUUACUGUUUACAGGAAAUCUCACUUGGUUAUUCAGUAUGUUCAUUUUUUUUUUAGUUGUCCUAAAAAGGUUAUCCUAUUUAGGAAAAUAGCUUUAAAUGCCCAUUUAACACAUUCGAGCUAAUAAUCACCCUGGUUUUUACUGUCUGUAAAUUACUAAUCAGCAAUUAGACUCCAAAGUUACAAGAACCCUCAAAUUGUUAAGGCUUUUUAAGGACUUUUCCAGAACACAGACAAGGACAGUGAUGAAUGAUCAGACACUGCCACUCAAAUAUGGACAAUUCAUGUCAGAACUGUCCCUUUUACCACUUCCUUUGCCAGAUAUCCACAUGUUUUGGUAAAGGCCAUUGCCCUAAAACAUUUAGGACAUGCAUUUUCUCCCUCACCCCCAAUUACCCAAGGAAUUUAGCGCUGUCCAUAAAGUCAUCAUAUCCAUCAGACUUAACAUCUUCCAGCCGCCACUCCCUGACUGUCCCAUUAGCUUACAUUGUCAGAAAUCUAAGAGCCCUCAUUCCCUGUUGUAAAAUGAUACCUUCUCUCUGUGAGAUACCAGAAUUUUCUUUAUCUAUGGUCUAAAUGAAUCCGGCUCAUAAACUUCUUACUGAUAUGUUCCUUGAUAGGAAGGCUAGUCUGUUGUGGGGUGGAGUGAGGAGGUGAGACAGUGAUUGGGGAGUAAUGGCAGUCGUUUGUGACCAAUUACCUGAGUUCUUUUUGUUUAUCGCACUGCCCAUAAAUCAUCUAAAACUCCACAGCCUUUCCAGGCUUGGGAUGGUGGAGCCUUAAUUGAGCCACCCGUGUAUAGCUGAACUUCUGAAGAACUGUCAUGCCCUUGGUGGAGCCAAAUGGAGACAUCAGAUCCAGGGCCAUGCUUGAGGAUCUGAGCCAAUUCUGCCUGUUUCUUGUGAUCAGACUCACAAGCGGGUCACCUCAGGCUCUUACCCAUCUGGAGUAUUAACGAGUGCUCCCCUUCCUUUCCACUUUCACUCCAGCCCUCCCCUUGGAUUUCUACCAUGAAAUCCAUCUAAUCCUUUUCUGGGGCUUUGGGAGAAGAAAGAUCUAAGAACAGACUUGAUCUGACUUGGUUUCUUCUGAACCAUAGAAGAUGAGCUUUUUGAUCCUACUUGGAUAGAAAUCCUGUCUUAUCAGACAGUCCUAGGAAUUGCCUUCAAGAGGAAGGCAUCUUUGGCCAGCAGUUAACACUGAUGGUGACUUAACUUUCCUUUGCAGAAGGAAAGUUAAUCAGAUCACUAACUUUUGUGUAUCUUUCUGGGCUUGGCGCAUUCGUUCAAUCAACACAUAUUGAUUGAUUUCCUACUUGUAUAAGACAUGCUUGGGCAUCAUCAUGCAGGCAUUAUCAAGCAGUGGCUUUUGUGAUUUUGCCAAAUUACUCAAUUGCUGCUCAGUGUUUUUUGCCUUGAUUAUCUUUUCACAUUUGACAAGGAUGUUUGACAGUAACCUUCCCAAACUUCUCCAUUUCAUUAACCAUUCUGUUUGCCCUUUCUCACUUGAAGAUCAAUUACCCUCAAAAAAUAUAGUUCCUGGAGCAGUGAAAGAGAGUGGUGGGCUGAAUCAACCUAACAAUUGUAUGGGAGUGUUGAUGACUAAAGAAAUUGAGAGUGUUUCUCUCUGUGUGUGUCUCUCUGUCUCUCCUCCCAUCCCUACGUAUCCCUCUGGUGUAUUAACAUACUGAUCUAUGAAGAAUCUGGACUGAAGUUUGUAUACUAAUUAAAAUGGGUAAUUCAUUCCAAGUUUGAAUGUAAUGAAACAUAUGUGUGAACCCAUUUCAGCCCUGACAGCAACCUGGAGGAGUUUUGAGUGAUUCUAUGCGCUUUCCUGAAAAAGGGCAUUAACAACAGUGGUGUAGUGUAGGAUAUUAAAAGCUGAGACCUUCCUCAUAGUUGAUGGUACUGCUGGCUAACAUUUAAAGUAAAGUUGUCUACGUUAUAGGAGAAAGAGGGCUGUAGUAGGAGAAGAAGUCUGGCAUUAAACUAUGAAGGGAAGGCUAGGCUUGGUCGUCCACCAAUGGGAAGCCAAGUGUUUGUCAUAUCUUUUUCCCAGAUAAAAGCCUUGAGUAAAUGAGGAAGAAAAUAAAGGGCACCAUGUGCUAAAUCUCAGUGAUUCCACUGGGCUAAUUCCUCUCUCACUGAUGUUCCAGGACUGGUAUUUGGUGUUGCUGCUCAAGGGUUCUAUAUCAAAGAAAAACCCACAUAGCUUUUCUAGACUCAGUCUCGUUCUGCCACCUCACCCCAUUUCCCGAAAGCUCUUAGCUGCUCCAUAGGUUUUACUUUUCUGCUCUAGGAAAUUUGGGGGGUUUCCAGAGGAUAAAAUGCUUCAUUUGUCUACUCAGUGGUAAAUUACCCCAAGAUUGAGGCCUUCAGUCCAGGGUAUAUAUUUGGGCAUCUUCAAGGUUUCAACAAAACCUUGUUUCAUUAGGAGUCACUAUUUCCCCCAGCCAUCAAAGCCCAGAGGCUGGAGGAAGUUGGUGUAAAAAGAGAAAGCUAUGAUUCAGCAGUACUGUUCCCAUAAAAUCGGCAGGGACCUCCAUAUAGAGCAUGUGGAGGCCAUCGUCCGGAUGAGAUCCAUCCUGCUCAUCAAGACAGUGGGGAGAAAGCUAUCUGACUGAACCAUUCAAAGGAAAGCUCUUUUAAAAAAAUCUGUGGGGUUUUUCAUGUGAAUUGAGGGGAUAUCUAAGCAGGAAACAAAAGUCCCCUUCACUACAGGGAAAUCCUUCUGAACAAAAUGGUUGCCUCUGCCAACUCUUUCUAAAGCAAAAACUGUUUUCAGACUUUUUAGUGUCAAAACUAUAACCAGGAGGCCCCUGACUUUUCUGAUGUGUUUGGCAAGUGCUGUGACCCUGUCAUUGAUAUUUCUUCUCCUGACUUUUUUGGGGGGAUGAAGAGGUUUAGGGUUUGAUUUCUUGGGUUCUUUAUCCCCCAUCCCUCCUCCUGUUUUGUUGUUUUGUUUCUCUGCUUGUCAAUAUUGUCUGUGUGGUCCAGAGAACUGGAGCAGUUAUAAAACCAUGUGUGUCCAUUGUUGAAAUGUUUUGUUUUGUUUUUUAAUGAGAGAGAAAAAAAUAGUUAGUGGAACUGAAAAAUAAAGAGCUGUGUUUUAUAAAAAAAAAUAAUAAUAAAAUGCAAACCAAUAUUGUUUUAAUAAAGGAAUUCAAGCUAGGGACAGCCAAACUCCUCCCCCUCCUCCCAGGCUUGCUGAGGAAAAAUUAUGGGCCUGCAUCUGGAUGUUUUGCCUUUUUCUACAAGAGUUAGAAGAAAAUGUAAGCUGGAUCUUUUGAGUAAAUGUUUCUGAGUCCACGCCCCCAGUGCCUAGCACCAUGUAGCAUCAGGGGCUGAUCUCUUUGACGCUUUGUCUAAGUUCAUUAGCUAUGGUGCUAGGGUGAGUGGUUGGCGGCCCCCCUUCUGGCAACAGCCACAGUACAGGCCACACAACCUCUUUCCUCUCCCCUUGGUGCUAUUUCAUCCAGUUAACCUCUCACUUUUCAGGCUAGCCUGAAGCCUACAUGCCAGGUGAGACAAAUUACACUCAGUUCUCAACUCCUUCAACUUUCAGUCCCCUAAUUCUUGCUCUUGAACUUUUUAACCUCUUAAGUUUUCUGGGCCAGAAAAUCUCCAGCCAAUGAAAAUGCUUUUGGAAAAGGAGAUGAAUUAGACCAAAGCCAGAGGACUCACUCCUGGGCCUGAGCAAGGCUUCUGGACCCAGCUCACUACACCAUACCGCACCAGUAUUUCAUUUGCUCUAAUACACAAUCCUUUAUGACCUGCCUGCCCCACUGCAAGAACAGCCCAAUAGACAUCCAAACAAGUCAGCACGUCCAAGGUAGGAACAUCAGGUACAGCCUGGGACUCUCUCCUUUGCUUGUUUCAGAAGAGAGGUGUUGCACUUUAGUGGAGGAGGAGAGGAGUAUAUAGGGUACCAUCUCCCUUAUAGCUUGAGUUCCUUUUUGGUAACAGAGGCAGCUGGAGAUGCUGGUGUUACCAAACCUGCCCACUGCCUUCAACUGUAUGUGUGUGUGUGUGUGUGUUGUGUGUGUUAUUGCUGGAGUUGUGUAACUGACAGGAUAAUGAUAAUGCAAAGAAAUUGUGUUAUAUUCAACUUUGCCUUGAUAAUUAUUAUAAACACUUUGUUCAGUUUUCUUUUUUUAUUCACAAACUUAAUUCAUCAGGAAACUAUAAAGUUAUUUAAAAAUUCUA